GCGCUGCAGCACCGUGUCCGUGUGUAUGCAGCACCGUGUCCGUGUGUAUGUGUGUGUAUGUUUUUCUCCCCCCCUCCUCUCUCUCUCUCCGGUGUUUCAUUUCCGCGCUUCCAGAAGAAAACACCGGUCUCGUUUGGGCUUAGUUACAUUUGUUUUUAUCAAAGUAAUUAAACAGAACAAAAAAAAAAAAAAAUCUUCUCUUUACCCCCUCCAACCCCCCUGUUCCCCCGACUCCCGCCUCCUCUCAUGCCGCCGCUACGGCUCCGGAGAAGGGGCGACUUGUGACGGACCGAGCGGGCUUCUCCAUGAACAUGGCGUGCAUCGGGGACGCGGACCCCUUCACCGCCGCGAUACCUGCCACCAAAGUUGAGCUGACUGUGUCCUGCAGGAACCUGCUGGAUAGAGACACCUUCUCCAAGUCUGAUCCAAUUUGUGUUCUGUACACUCAAGGGAUCGCCAACAGAGAAUGGAGGGAGUUUGGCAGGACAGAAGUCAUAGACAACACCCUCAAUCCUGACUUUGUCCGCAAAUUCAUUGUGGACUACUUCUUCGAGGAGAGGCAGAAUCUUCGCUUUGACCUGUACGACUUGGACUGCAAGAGUGACAACCUCUCUAAACACGACUUCUUGGGCCAGGCUUUCUGUACGUUGGGUGAAAUAGUCGGCUCCCUGGGAAGUCGCCUGGAAAAACCACUGAUUGGAAUUCCAGGAAAGAAAUGUGGCACCAUCAUCAUUAGAGCAGAGGAGCUGAGCAACUGCAGGGAGUCGGUGAUGCUUCAGUUUUGUGGCAACAAGUUGGAUAAGAAGGACUUCUUCGGCAAAUCGGAUCCUUUCCUCGUGUUUUACCGCAGCAACGAAGACGGGUCCUACACCAUCUGCCACAAAACAGAAGUGGUGAAGAAUACCCUGGACCCGGUGUGGCAGGCUUUUAAAAUUCCUGUCAGGGCGCUGUGCAACGGAGACUAUGACAGGAGCAUUAAGGUGGAGGUUUAUGACUGGGACAGAGACGGAGGACAUGACUUCAUCGGCGAGUUCAGCACCAGCUACAGAGAAAUGUGCAGAAGCCAGUCACAGUUCCAUGUCUAUGAGGUGCUAAAUCCAAAAAAGAAAGGGAAGAAGAAGAAGAAGUACCAAAACUCAGGAACGGUGACCCUCCUGUCCUGCCUGGUGGACACUGAGCUGUCCUUCCUGGACUACAUCAGAGGCGGGACACAGAUUAAUUUCACGGUGGCAAUUGAUUUCACAGCAUCAAACGGCAACCCAUCCCAGCCCACCUCGCUCCAUUACAUGAGCCCGUACCAGCUGAAUGACUACGCCAUGGCCCUGCGCGCCAUCGGGGAGAUCAUCCAGGACUACGACAGCGACAAGUUGUUCCCUGCGCUGGGAUUCGGUGCCAAGCUCCCACCAGACGGGCGUGUCUCCCACGAGUUUCCCCUGAACGGUAACCCUCAGAACCCGUACUGCAGCGGUAUAGACGGUGUGAUGGAGGCCUACUACCAGAGCCUGAAGAGUGUGCGCCUGUACGGACCCACCCACUUCUCCCCUGUUAUCAACCAUGUGGCCAGGUAUGCAUCGGCGGUGACGGACGGAUCGCAGUACUUCAUCCUGCUCAUCAUUUCGGAUGGUGUGAUCACUGACAUGGCGCAGACCAAGGAGUCCAUUGUAAACGCUGCGUCUCUGCCGAUGUCGAUUAUAAUAGUUGGAGUUGGACCGGCAGAAUUUGAUGAAAUGAUUGAGCUGGACGGGGACGAAGAGAGGAUCUCAUCCCAGGGACGACAUGCAGAAAGGGACAUCGUUCAGUUUGUUCCUUUCAGAGACUACAUCGACCGGCGAGGUAACCACAUCCUGAGCAUGGCUCGUCUGGCUAAAGAAGUGCUCGCCGAAAUCCCGGACCAGUUUCUCUCCUACAUGAGGACCCGAGGGAUCAAACCUGGCCCCCAGCCUCCACCUUACACCCCGUGUCCACCCCCGGCCAUCCACCCGCUCCACACCAGACGGGAAUGUUUGGCUGCAGCGCUUAGCCCUGACUUGGGGAUGCUUCCAUGAUUUCAGUGACAGGACUUUGCGCUCGGGUAAUUAUAAAGUUCGUGGCGGUUGGAAAGAUUUCCAACCGGCGGAAAUCCAACGAAGAGGAGAAGGAAAAGGACGUCCAGAAAAGGUUCGGAUUAGUGAGACUCUUUGGUUGCAAACACUGUCCGUUCCUCUUUGUUCUUCUGCAUCCACUUCCUGAACCUUUCACGAAAUCUCUUGAUACUUCAAUGUUUACAUGUGGAAAGCAGAGAGGGUUUUUCUUUCAGGUGAUAAACGAUUUAUACCGUUCAAUGUGAAAACCUUUCAGAGUCAUAUUUUUCACCUGCAUAAACCAGGAGGUUGUGAAUUUAAAAACAUUUAGGCCCUGAUCCCAUUUUCUUUCCCCCCUACAUGUACAGCAGUUGUACUCUGUUUCUUUUUAAAUAAGUAGAGCAUGUUUUAGUGUAGAAGAAGCAUGCAGUGUCGUCCCACACUCAGGGCUCGUUCCCUCCACACCGCCGCUAACGCUGCUAGCUUCCACCACAGACCAACCCGUCACCACCUGAGAUCUUCCCUCCUUCCGCUCCGCCCACCAGCAGGAAGCGGCGCUCCCUGGAGGUCGGGUCAAAUCAAAUGCAGCAGGGACUCCAACCAGCCUUACUGUUAACGUCAGAAAUCAUUCACAGGCAUCGUCCCCUCUACACCGUGGCUUCUGGAAAUGAGGAUCUCCAAGCCCAGCAGUCAAAAACACACACCUCUCAUUACAGAGUCUCUGACUGUGAGCUGCGAUCCACAGCCCCGCUAUUUUUGUGAAAAUACUCCUGCACUUCAGAGGCAUCGCUGUGUUUUGGUUACGUCUCUACCUCUUACUUUACUCUGUACAAAAUGUAAAUGUCACUUCUUUUCUUGUGAAUAACAAAUCUUGUGAGUUAUGUUAGUUAAAGCUACAGUAUGAAAGUUUUAUUUAAAAAAAAAUUUUUUUUUUUACAUAUUUUUUAAAACUGUUACUGUGUUGGUACAAUUUAAUACGAGAAAGAUGAUGUGAAAAGAUCGAUCUUCACCUCCUCCCUGAACUGCUGCUGCUGUAUGGAGAAAUGCACCGCUCCAUCCAAAACAACCAAUCAGAGCCAGGAGACAGAUCUUAGUGUUGUCACUCACCCUCGUGUACUCGCUGCUAAAUGGGCUAAUGGCAGAGAAACAACUUACUGUUACAGGAAAAUAGUUUAUCCGCCGUCAUUAGUGGCCAUGCUAACUAGCAUUAGCAUUCACUACAGGAUUGUAGCAGAGCAAAAGUGGGGAGAGAGAGGAGUAUGAUCAUUAGGAUGAUUGACAGCAGUGAGACCCGCCUCCUGGCUCUGAUUGGUUGUUUCUAGUUAGCAUUGAGGAGGUGGAGAAGCUUAAUUUUUGUAUUUUGUAAUCUGUCUCUUACUAUACUGUCACAAAAUGGUGACAGUUUCAACAAAUAUGUAAAAAAAAAAAUCAUUUUUUUUGUAAAAGUUACAUACUGCAGCUUUAACGGUUAUUUUGUUAUACAAGAUCAUUACUAAAUUCUCUAAAAACUCUCGUGCCAAUUUGUUUGUAAUCAGAGCAGGUAUCAGCACACUGAAUUAAUGCACAAAGAGCUGAUAACCAGCCGAUGAAACUCAAACUCCUGAUCCAGUGAGAACUCACGCAGCGCGCUGUGAAAAGGUUUUUGCUUUUAUUUCAAAUUUUAACGUUUAAAUGAUCAAAUAGAUUUUUAAUAUCAGGCAAAGAUAACCUGAGUAAUUACAAAAUUCUGUUAUUCUCAAAUGAUACAAUCCUUCAUUAAGGGAAAAACAUUAUCCUGGCCCAGUGUGGAAAAAAUAAUUGCGCCUUAAAACUAAUAAUUGGUUGCUGCCACGCUCUGUGUCAACUCCUGCCGUCAAGCGUAUGUAACAAUUGGCUGUAGAUCUGCCUCGUUGCUGUGAAGCAAAUUUACACAUAAAACUGUCCUCUUUAAAUAACAAACGGACGACCGGACAUCCUCCUUUAGGAUUUCUUGCUAAAGAACAGAGUUCAUGGUUCCAUCAUCCAUGGCCAGUUGUCCAGGCCCAGAAGCAGCAAAGUAGGACCAAACAUACUUUGCUGCUUUGCUGCAGCAAAGCAGCAAAGGUCCUGCUUUGCUGCAAAGUAGGACCAGACCAGUGGUCUGGCAGGACCACUGGUCUGGUAGGUCUGGUAGGACCAGACCACUGGUCCUACUUUGCGUCUGUUUGACGUUCUGUUUCUGAAAUGCUGUCAGUUUUAAGCUGGUCUUUGUGAGCGUAGGUAUGGAUAUGUUGUUUUUAAAGGGUGUUUACUCAGGUUAUUUUUGCCUAAAAUUAAAAUUUGUCUGACAAGCUGUAGAGUUUAGGAGGAGUCGUCCACCUAAAACCCAUGUGCCAGUGUCAAACUUGUAAAAAAAAGAAAAAAGUCCCAGAAUAAUAACAAAAAAAGAAAAAAAAUUUUGGAGAAAAUCUGUCAGUGGGUUUUAUAAACCAGCGUUUACACUUUUUUGGCUGCCAUGUCAGCAAUUAAAACUAUUUGGAGCCAGAAAUGUGAGGGGCGAAAACAGCACUUAACACCCAGAGAAGGAGGUGUCACCAUGUUCUUUGAUGUGUUUUUAUUUCCUACUGCUAAAUAUAAAAUAAAUGAAGUAUUGCGAGGUCAGCUGAACUACGGCAGCGUGGGAAACAGAGUGUGUCACAUUUGUCCUAAACGGACCCUGCCUUAUGUAAUAGCAGGAACUUUCCAAGGCGUGGAAACACACCUCCUGUUGCUCUUUCAUGUUGUAAGUGUUCGUCUCAAUGGACUGUUUUCUUCAAGGGCAUUCUGUGUUUCGUGUGUUCAGGCAGGAACAAUCUGUGAAUUAAUGCUAGAAUAUCACAGGCCUUACAGUAAUGCUCCUUUCAGGGACAGUUGUGGCAGUCAGAGCUCAUCCAGAUGUUCAGUCCUGUUCGCCACCUCUGUUUUUUGUUCCCUCUCUUCCUGAACACCGACAUGGUGGGGAGAAAAAAACAAUAUAGUCUUUCGUUUGGUUUAAAUUUACUGGCAGAUUUUCCCAACGAUUACAAAAAAAUUUAAGUUUAAGUGUACAUUUUUUAAACCCCCUGUAAGCUUCGUGACAGCAGCAGCGCUCCACUCAGACUCAGACAGUUACAGCGGACUCAUUUGGCAGCUUCCCUGUUUACCUUGUCCAACAUGAGAUUACCACUGACAGCUCAAUACAUUUCAGUGAACAUUUCUUAUCUGUGGCACUGCCGGCAUACAUUUAUGGGUAAAACAUAUCACACUGGUAGCUUUAAUGCUUUAAUGUCUCUGUGUAUAAGAACCACUUCUUUACUUCGGAGUGAAGGGCACUUUGAGCAGCUCUGGGUCAAUUAAUCCUUUUGCUAAUAUGUACCUCCAUCUUGCGCGCACACACAGACCUGUCACAAUCCGAAAUUUUGCUGGAUGAUAAAUUGUUCCAGAAGUUACUCGGUUCUGUGAUUGAUAGGUUUGCUAAUAAUUAUUUAAGUCUCAAAGUUACGUUAAAAAUCCAACGUUUUUACAAUCAGAUGUUAGCAACAUGCUAGCUUUAUAGUUAGCAUGUCUGUUGACCCAAUAAACGGAUAAAAGUCGGCUUGCUACUGCAUUAGAUAAGUUUGCUAAUAACUAGCAAGCCUCAAAGUUACCACAGAACUCAGCUGGUAAUUACUCUAUAUCUGUGGCCAGCUGCUACACUGCUGUGUAGGUUUAUCUGAAAAGCCAUCUUUUAAAAAGAUUGCCAAGAGGUUCACCAUUUCUGUAUUGUGAAAACAUCACUCUACUGUAUUAUUAUACCUAAAAUGAACAAUUGUAAAUUGGAUGUUAUUAUACUAGCAGUUUUAGUAAGAUUUGCAACAGACCAUUUAAUCAGUUGACUUCAAAUUAUGUCUUACUACCAUAAAAAUAUUUGUACUCAAAUGUUUAAUAUUGUCCGAAUUAUUUACUGGCCCAUGUGGAUCUUGAGAACUUUAAAUGAUUUUUUUUUCUUUUCUGGCUAACCCACUGAAAUCCGCUGUUGCUGUUUGAUUCUUGGUGAGCCACAAGAAGUCAGACGCAACAUUUUCUGAGUCCACAAGAGAUCAGUUUUCAUAAUCAAAGCCCAGUGGUUCAGGUAACCGCACUGUCACUUUUAGACAAGUUUUGGCCGUGUGGCUGCGCGCCGUCACAGGUCCACCGCGAUUUUAACACUUCGCAAAGCACAAACAUUUUCCUCCCAAUCAGUCAUCAAACUCUGCAUACAGAGGGCCGUCUUUCUUCAUGUAAAUGUGUGAACUGAAGUUUUCCUGUAUAUUUGUGUGCCGCAUACUGUACAGUAGAUUUUAACCUGUGUCUUUAGGGCCCUAUUCAGUCAAGGAAUCUAUAUAAAGAAUGUUUACAACAACUUUUUAAACUCACGCCUCAAAAUCACAGUAUACUUCUUGGCUGAUGAUGUUUUCAUUAGAACAUCUGGUUAUUAACUGCUUCUAUAACAUUUUCUGAGAUGUUUAUACACUUGUACAGAGUUAUGCCUUUUUUUGUGCGUAUUGGUCGAAACUACKGUUUGUGAGAUGCUGCUUCUUUACUGCUCAUAUAACGGAAUUACAUUUUAUACGGAGGCCUGUAAUCAUAUUUAAAUCAUGACUAACAGGCCUUAUCAAUGUUUCUGCAGACGUUAUUCAUAUUUAAAUCAUGAACGACAGGCCUGUAUUUUUAUAAGCAUAAACGGUUAGAUAACGAUGUAUGUUUUAUGUGUUAGAAAAUCAACUUUAUGAUAAAAAAAAACACUCUGUAGCAAUGUUAUUUCUGCCAAAUUUAACAUGCUGUUAAGUGUAGCGUCUCAAUCCCUGAAAAAAACAACAGCUUGUUCAGUUUUGACUGAGUAGGGUUCCUCCCUGUGUGGUUAUGGGGGUUGGACGUCGUGGUGUUUUGUCCUGGCUGGGACCUAUUGUACAAAAGCGUGAAUGUGGAAUUGCACAAUGUAGCACUCUGUAGUCUCAGUCCAUGACUGGAGGAACGGCAGACGAAGCCGGAACAGGCUGGAAGUCUAUUACAUGUAAAUAUUGUGGUAACUGGACUCGCAUCAGACUGCCGCUACUCUGUGACGCCCCCGCUUCGGUCCAAAACAAAAGGCAACGCCUUUCAUUUAUUUAUCGUGGCAACAUGCCGUUCUCAUCUCACACCCACUCCAAACAUCCAGGGCGUGUAUUUAUACAUGAAACAUGCAUGACACUUACAUAACGUCACGUCUGAGUGAUGACGGAGAGUUUUGUGAGGGGGAAACUGUUUUUUGUUUUUUUGUUUGUUUUGUUUUGGUUUGGGUUUUUUUUUUUUAUUUCAAAUGCUUCAAGCUUUUACAAUAAUCUGGUCUUUGUUCUGUUAUAGCAAACUUGCGGACAGCUUGUAACGGGUGAAGGUUAAUGGUUUUAAUGCGCGUCAAACAAUCCUGACACGGAGCACGUUGUUUUCUUACUGGUUUGAUUUCAAAUAAAAUGUCCAAAGAACAUUUUGAUUUUUAAAAAAUUCUGGAAACUGUUAAAGUUAGGCAACCUGCAUUGCCUAACUUAGAAAUUCCACUUGAUUCUCAUUUCCCUUAAGUGUUCCACCUGGGAUUUCUCCCAUUGAGUUCGAUUUGGGGGGAGGAAUCCUCCAAAGGUGAGGAAAAAAAUUGUAAAAAAUUACAUCUUAAUACAUUUUUUCAUCAUUAAUUUUUAUUUCUAUUUCUUUUUUUUCAUUCAUCAUAAAACAUAGGUUAAAAUAACUUAUUGAAGCGUUAUUUGCCAUUUUCUUCUUUCCGAUUGGGAUGAUUCUCCAAUUUAUUCAAGCCGCUUUGCUCCUCUGGCUAGCGUAACUAUCACAAAAUGAACAAGAACUCAUGGCCCACUAAAAUUGCAAGAUAUGAGGCUACAUUUAUGCUGAACAUAUAAUCAUUAUUCAAUAGUGAAUAAAAGUGAGAGAAAAACAUUCUGAAAGUUGACUUUCCUCACAUAUUUUGUAGCACUGGGCUAAAGCCAAUGCUGUUUAUGAUUUGGUUGUUCAUAUACGCUGUCCAGAGCUGCUGCUAUUUUAAGAAAUGUGUCAUAUUGUUUAAGGUUCCUUUUAAAGACAUUUUCUGCUUACAUAAUGAUAAAACAAUAAA